UUACGUGCUGCUUGGCCUUUGAUUAAAGAUGAUUUCUUUCUUGCUUCUAGCUGCUUCAGUUCUCAGAAGAUGUGUUUUUUCUGGUGAAAUAUCUCUAAAUUUCGGGCAAAAGUCAUCGACUUUUUGAUUAAGGUUCAAGCCCAACUAGAUGAUACCGAAGAUUUUCUCAGAAUGUCUGAUAUGGGAAAGAAUGGGAAAGGGAGUGACUGUUUCCAAGACUUGGAAGAUGAUGACGAGGCUAUGGCUUGUGUUUCUGUGUCACGCCCUUUUCGAGAGGGCGGCGUUACAGAGUUCCGCUUAUCUGAUAGGGCUCGGGAGCUACGACAUAACGGGACCGGCCUCUGAUGUGAACAUGAUGGGUUAUGCCAACAUGGAACAAGUGGCUUCUGGCGUUCACUUCAGGCUCAGGGCUCGUACUUUCAUCGUAUCCGAAUCCAAGGGUAAAAGGGUCGUCUUCGUCAACCUCGACUCUGGAAUGGCAUCACAGAUUGUAACAAUGAAAGUGAUCCAAAGAUUGAAACUGAGGUAUGGCAAGCUUUAUACGGAGAGAAACGUCGUAAUCAGUGGAACUCAUACUCAUGCCGGUCCAGGAGGCUAUCUUCAAUAUGUUUUGUACAUAGUUACAUCUCUGGGGUUCGUUCAUCAGUCAUUCGAUGCUCUCGUCGACGGUAUAGAGCAAAGUAUCAUACAAGCUCACGAAAAUCUCAGGCCCGGUUCAAUUCUGAUAAAAAAAGGAGAGGUGACGGGUGCCGGGGUGAACCGUAGUCCAAGUGCGUACCUUAACAAUCCGGCGGAAGAAAGGCGUAAAUACAAGUACAAUGUCGAUAAAGACAUGACACUUGUGAAGUUUCUUGACGAUGAAUGGGGUCCGGUUGGGAGUUUCAACUGGUUUGCAACUCAUGGCACUUCGAUGAGCCGUUCAAACUCUUUGAUCAGCGGUGACAACAAAGGUGCUGCUGCCCGUUUCAUGGAGGACUGGUUCGAGAAGAAAGGCAGAAGCUUGUCUUCCACAGAUCCAUUUGGAGAUGACAGAGAAGAUUCUCACAGAAGAGUCUCCAGUAUUAUCAAUGAUCCAUAUGGCACAUAUCAAGAAAUGCAGGAGCUGGCUUCAUCCUUUCGUUCCGAGGGUGGAAAACCAGCAACGAAGAUGUCGAGUAUUGCAAGACGGGUCAGAAGCAGGUUCAGACGCGCUGACAAACCGGGUUUUGUCUCUGCCUUUUGUCAGACAAAUUGCGGUGACGUUAGCCCGAAUGUGCUUGGAGCUUUCUGUCUAGACACCGGCUUGUCUUGUGAUUUCAACCACAGUACAUGUGCUGGAAGGAAUGAACUUUGCUACGGCCGUGGACCCGGCUAUCCGGAUGAGUUCGAGAGCACACGCGUUAUUGGAGAGAGGCAAUUCAAGAAGGCCGUGGAACUUUUCAACGGAGCAUCCAAGAAGCUGAAAGGAAAAGUGGACUAUCGCCAUUCUUUUGUAGAUUUUUCUCAGCUGAAGGUGACAAUUCAUAGACAGGAUAGAGGAUCUGAGGUAGUGAAGACAUGUCCUGCUGCAAUGGGUUUCGGCUUUGCUGCAGGAACAACUGAUGGGCCUGGAGCAUUCGAUUUCAGACAAGGAGAUGACAAGGGAAAUGCUUUCUGGAGACUUGUGAGGGACUUGCUUAAAACCCCGACUCGGGAACAGGUUCAAUGCCACCACCCGAAGCCAAUACUGCUCGAUACGGGCGAAAUGACUCAGCCGUAUGAAUGGGCGCCUUCAAUACUCCCGGUUCAGAUCAUCCGCAUAGGGCAGCUAAUCAUUCUCUGCGUUCCCGGGGAAUUUACAACGAUGGCAGGGAGGCGUCUCCGUGCAGCUGUGAGAAGAGUGUACAAGGAGAGCUUUAAAGGAAAAGCCGAUCACAAGGAUAUUCACGUGGUGAUAGCCGGUCUGAGCAAUACUUACUCGCAGUAUGUCACCACCUUCGAGGAGUACCAUAUCCAGAGAUACGAGGGUGCAUCCACCUUGUAUGGUCCGCACACUCUAAGUGCAUACAUUCAAGAAUUCAAGAAACUGGCGGGUGCCCUUUUCUCAGGCCGAGCUACCGAACCUGGCCCAUUCCCUCCUGAUCUGCUUGACGAUCAAAUAAGCUUGCUCGCACCUGCCAUGGCGGACACGACACCGGCCGGCACUAAGUUUGGAGACGUCAUAUGCGACGUUCCUCGGAAUACCACGUUCAGGAGAGGAGUCGAUCUCGUGACGGUUCGUUUCUGGUCGUCUUGCCCUAGAAAUGAUCUGAUGACAGAGGGCACUUUCGCGCUCGUGGAGAGGUAUGGGGGAACGAAGAAGACAUGGGUUCCGACAUAUGAUGAUGAUGAUUUCUGUCUCCGAUUCAAGUGGUCGAGGCCAUCUAAACUGAGCACGAGAAGCUCUGCAACUAUCGAAUGGAGAAUCCCUGAGACUGCCUCCCCUGGUGUUUAUAGGAUCAGCCAUUUCGGAGCUUCAAAGAUCCUUGUCGGAUCCAUUCACCAUUUCACUGGUUCGUCCAGUGCUUUUGUUGUUGCAUGAGAGACAUGUGUAUGUAUGUUCCCUCUUUUCCAUUUCUGAAUUCUCUCUAGAAUUCAAUAAGAACCAACGCAUCCGAUGAUC